UUCUCGCAAACCAGCAGCAUUUAUCGUUGAUUUGCUCAACUGUGAAGCACCACUACUGUAUGUUGUCCCGAUUUGUAUUUAUUUAAUACACUUCAGGAAAUAAUUCAAAAUGGCUGAAUAUUCGGCACGUACGGAUAAGACCGUGUCAGACAGAUAUAUGACCCUUGACACGGAUGGCCAUUGUCAGGUCAUGUACAUCUGGGUUGAUGGCUCGGGAGAGAACCUAAGAGCCAAAACGAAAACGAUGGAUACGGUACCUGAAAAACCUGAAGACUGCCCUAUAUGGAACUUUGAUGGAUCGAGUACAGACCAGUCGGAAGGGUCCAACAGCGAUAUGUUCCUCAAACCUGCCGCUCUCUUCAGGGAUCCAUUCAGACGAGGAGAUAACAAGCUCCUAAUAUGUGACGUCUACAAGUACGACUGGAGACCCGCUGAAACUAACUACAGGAAGACAUGUAACGACGUCAUGGACAGAGCUAAAGACACGCUACCCUGGUUUGGAAUAGAACAGGAAUAUACCCUCCUAGGCAGUGACAAAUGGCCCUUUGGCUGGCCCAAGGGCGGCUUCCCAGGACCACAAGGUCCAUACUACUGUGGUGUGGGGGCUAACAACGUUUAUGGUCGUGACAUCGUAGAAUCUCACUAUCGUGCAUGCCUGUAUGCUGGAGUCAUGAUCGCAGGCUCAAACGCUGAAGUUAUGCCAGCACAGUGGGAAUACCAGGUUGGACCUUGUUUAGGUAUCGUGAUGGGUGAUCAUCUAUGGAUGUCCCGAUUCAUCCUCCAUCGAGUCUGUGAGGACUUUGGUGUCAUCGCGACCCUUGACCCUAAACCCAUGGAGGGAAAUUGGAACGGAGCUGGUGCUCACUGUAACUUCAGCACCAUUGCCAUGCGUGAGCCAGGCGGCAUCAAACAUAUGAAGGAGGCCAUUGAGAAGCUAGCCAAGCGACACAAGGAGCACAUCCGCGCCUACGACCCCAAGAACGGAGAGGACAACGCCCGCAGGUUGACCGGCAGGCAUGAAACCUCCAGUAUCGAUGACUUCUCAUCCGGCGUGGCCAACCGCGGCGCCAGCAUUAGGAUACCCCGCCAGUGCGGCAUCGACGGAAUGGGCUACAUGGAGGACCGAAGACCAUCGUCUAAUUGCGAUCCUUACCGUGUUACCGAGGCUAUCAUUAGGACAACCGUGCUGGAUGAUUGGGAAUCUUAAAUCAUCAUUAGAGCUUUCUGUUUGUGUCGUUCCACUAAGCUCAUGACAGUUUGUAAACCGUGGAUGCAUUUCUCCUUCCCCAAACCAUUGUAGACAAAUUUCGCAACACAAAAGUGGAGGCUUAUUAUAUUUGGGAUAAGGAUGGUAAAUGUCACAUUGAUAUUAUACCCGUUUCAAGAAAAGAUAAGUUUUUGAGCCUGGGGGUGGGGGGGGGGGGGGGUGUUAUGAGCCCAACUUGACCAAACUGCCAUGAUCAUCAUUCUGAAGGCCCUUUGCUAGGGGAUGGAACAUAUCUUGAGAAAGGGGAUUAAUUCCUUUCAACAGAACACACUUUUUCAUACUGCAUCCACUUGUGUCGAGGAAGGGCAUUUGUAUCUCUGACCAUCUUCUUAGAAAAAGAGGGAAACAUAUCUGCUGCUAUGCAGUAGACAAGAUUCAAAUGGGCUUCUACAAUAUUUGAAGCAUUUUGUAUAUCUUGACACGAUAGGUGGUGUCGGUGUAUUUAAUUUGUGGCCGAUAUUGCUACUCUUUUUAACUCUUUGGAAUGGAUGUGAAAUUUCAGAUUUUGAGAAUUGAAUUAUAAUGUUUUAUAGUCUUCCUACUUCAGCUGAGAAGACAACAUAUUGAAGGUUGUAUUGCAAAUGAAAAAAGUUUCCUUAAUUUGCCAGUGAGAUAACGAGGAGCAUGAAAUGAAUGAGCGUCGAUACAAUCGUAACCUACUAGAAAUGAGAAUUUUACUGUUUUUAUAUUUGUUAAAUACAUCGGACCGCAUUGGAUUCUGAUAUCUAAAAUCAUCCAAAUGAAAAUAGACGGAUUUUAAUGUUUUUUAGACGGCGAGUCUUCUUACUUUGCAUGUAACGUGAUGUCUUGUUCACUUAUUCUUCUGCAUUGUGUGUGCUGAUUAUGUGGCAAGUUAAAGUGUCAAAUUAAUUUGCCUUCCGUUUCACACAUACACAGUUCAUAAGUAGCAAAGAAUUUGAUUGUGAUUCUAAGCAAAUACCCCAACAGUCUGAUGAUAUGCUUCUUAAAUAUACGUACAUCUGUUUUGAAAUAUAGUAUUACCAUUUUGAUUAUCUAAAAUAUCUUUGUAAUGUAUUGUUAAAAAUUAUUGUCUAUAUAUUUUUCUAUCUGUACAGAGCAAGUCUCCCGUGCUUCGUUCAAAAGUAUAUAAUGAAAACCAUUCUCUUUUGUACAAUCUCAUAGCAUUAUUUUAUUAGAUUGUGCUUUUCGGGAUUUUUAUUUUAAAAGCCAUUGCGAUAUGUGUAUAUUUGUUAAAUAUUGGGUUAUUUUCCUGGUAUCUUUUUUUUUUUUUAAAGGAGGCACUAGUUGUGUAUUAAAGAUCCGAUGAAUCAUGUUUAGUUUGCCCUUUUCAAACUUGUAUUUCUAUUGCUAAUGUAGGGGUCACUUUUUAAGUUCAGCAAACAGGCAUUUUUCCUUUUUUCAUUAGAUUUUUGUUCUUCUUCAAUGAAAACAAUUUCCAGUUACUUAUUUAAAUGUGUUGCACAAAUGUUCCGUGUAUGUUAUUUCAAUAAAGUUAUCCUUAUAUAUAUGUACUAGA